GGCUCAAAUUUUUUAUAUUAUAAUUGUUACUCUUUAAUUGUGAUCGGGUCGUUUAUUGGAUCAAAAUUAUGAUUGGUUUAAAUUUGUUAAUUGUCGAUGGUUAACUUAUCUUGUCUUUUCACUUUACUGGUUGGUUGUUGAUUUGGGUUUUAACAUUUGGUUUCCAAUUUGAGACACUUUUGGUUUUCUCUCUCUCUCUUCAUCUCUUUUUUUGUAUUCCUAAUCUUUUUCAACCUUUGGCUCUUGAUCAUCUUCACUCAUCAACAACCGUCAACAUAAUCCAAUCAGUGAAAACAGUUACAUGGUAUUUUGUAUCUUCCCUGAAUCUUGUCCACCGGGUAAGUUAUUAUCACCAUCAACAUCAACAGAAGGAGGAGGUGGAAAAGAAAAUGCUGUAACAUUAACCUCAAGAGUAAAACAAUUCACAUCCUCUUCUACUCGAUCUGAAACAACAACACUAUCACCACCUCCACCAGGAAACAAUAAUCUGAAUCAUAAUAAUACAUCUAUUAUCAGUGGAAUGAAUCAAACUGAAUCAAGCAUGUCUGAAGGUUACUCUUUUUACAAUAAUUUGUCUACUGGAUCUGAAAAAAUUAAUUCUGUUUCCCGAGAUUGUGCCAAUGGAUCAUCUUCAUCAGUAUCUUCCUCACCUUCAUCUACAUCAUAUUUUAUUGUUUACAAUAAUAAUAAUGUUAUUACAAGUAAAGAUCCUCCACCUUUACAGAAACAAUAUUUAAGAUCUCAAAAAGGUUUAAGAUCACCACAUCAUCUUCACCAUCAUCAACAACAACAGCACCAACAAUCUCAACCUUCACAUCAUCCUUAUUCUCAAAAUCAUAUGUCAACACUUUCCUGGUCAUCUGCUUCUUGUGAUUCUUCUGAAAUCUCAUAUGAUUCAAUUAAUUCAGAUUCUACAAAUGAAUCGUCUACAACAACAACAACAACAACAACCACUGCAACGUCAACCACAACCACUAACACAAUAACAACCACUCAACAGCCAACCAAAAGUGAUAUAACAACAUCAACAACCACAACAACCACAACCAAUGCUCCAACCAAUGGUCAGUUGGUAAGUACUCUUUGUGUUGUUUCCAGGGAUAGUACAUUAACCACAACAACAACAACAACAACUACCCAGCAACAAAUCACAACACCAACAACAAACAGUGCUCAUCAUCAACAAAACGCCAAUAGUGAAAACAGGAACCCCAAACAAGGUUAUCUACCAUGUACACCAACACCACGCUCAUUUAGAUAUCCAUCUUUCAUCUCAUUUAAUCACAUUUCCAGUGAAAUGGGAAGAUCCAAUUCAUAUGAUUCAUUUGAAUAUCAACAAUAUCAACAGUACCAACAAUAUCAGCAACAACAACGACAGCAAUUUCUUCAAAGUAUAUGUGAUGAUAAUGAAGGUAAUAAUAAUGUUCCAGAUGAACAACAACAACAACAACACCAACAACAACAGGAACAAGAAACAUCAUCCAAUGAACAGCAACAGCAAGAAUCGACAUCAACAACAACUACAACAACAACUACAACAGCAAAUACAACUGGUAAUGUAUCCCAACAACAACAACAACAACAACAUCCACACCAAGAAUCCACAUCUUCAUCAACUGAAAAUCAAUCAUCACAACGUCAAGAAUCAUCGUCAUCAUCAAAUGAAAAUUUAUCACAACAGCAAAAUCAACAACAAUCAAUUGAAAAUGAACCACAACAACAACAACAACAACAGCAAACUCCAUCCACAACCCCAAUGAAUAUUAAUUCAACUGCAUCAGUUACAUCAACAUCAUCAUCAUCAGCUUCUGAAAAUGAAUCAUCUUCAGAAGAUGAGAUGGAAUUACCUGAGAAUUGUCACUAUUCUCCACCCAAAAGUGUUGAUCGCGAUGCUGCUUCUCGUUUAGCUAAACGAUUAUUCAAUUUGGAAGGUUUUAAAAGGUCCGAUGUUUGUCGACAUUUAUCAAAGAAUAAUGAUUUCUCCCGAAUCGUUGCCGAAGAGUAUUUAAAGUUUUUCAAUUUUAAGGGUGAUUCCUUGGAUGGUGCCUUGAGAAAAUUUCUAUCUUCUUUCUGUCUAAUCGGUGAAACUCAGGAAAGGGAAAGGGUUUUACAACAUUUCAGUAAACGUUACCUGGACUGUAAUCCAGAUACCCUAAAGUCAAGUGAUGCCCUUCACACCCUCACCUGCGCCAUAAUGUUACUUAACACCGAUCUCCAUGGUGAGAAUGUUGGACGUAAGAUGACCUGUAACGAAUUCAUUGAUAACCUUUCUGAUCUCAAUGACGGACAAGAUUUUCCCAGAGACGUUCUGGUCUCAAUAUAUCAAUCGAUUAAAGUGGAACCAUUACAAUGGGCUUUCGAUGAAGAUGCUUUGUCUAUGAUAAAUGGGACUAAUUCUCGGAUUGGACUUUUCGGUUCUGGAUCAUCUUCUUCAGGUUCGGGUUCUUCCUCAUCUUCCGGUCACCAUGGUUCCGGUCCUGGUGGGAUUUUGGGUAAUAAUCCUUUCCUUAAACUGCCCAAUCCAAAUACAGCGACAGAGUAUAAGAGAGGUUACAUCAUGAGAAAAUGUUGCUUCGAUAUGAAUGGUAAGAAAACACCGUUCGGUAAGAGAGGGUGGAAAAUGUUUUACGCUACCCUGCGUGAUCUGGUACUAUUUUUACACAAGGAUGAACAAGGAUUCCGUAAAAAUCAACUGUACGAAUCUUUGAACAAUUCAAUCAGAAUUCAUCAUGCACUGGCUGCACCAGCGACUGAUUAUACCAAAAAACAAUAUGUCUUCAGGCUACAAACAGCUGAUCAAAGUGAAUACCUUUUUCAAACAAGUGAUGCGCAAGAGCUUCAAUCAUGGGUCGAUACAAUUAAUUUAGUAGCUGGAACUUUAUCAGCUCCUCCGCUUCCAUCAGCUGUUGGUUCAAAGUCAAAAAAAUUCCAGAAACCAUUAUUACCAAGUAGCCAUACAAAAUUUAACACCAAGGAGCAAUUAGCUGACCAUGAGAUGAGGAUUCAACGUAUUGCUCAGGAUCUUGAGGAACAUGUUUCAAAGCAUCCAGAUAAAGGAGCCCAACGACGGAUCCUCAAUGAAUACGCUGAGAAACAAAGUUACCUUGAAUACGAGUUGAAACGUUAUUCAGCUUAUGGCUCAAUUUUACGAACCAAAUUACAACAAGUCCUUGGGUCAGGGGCACUUCUUGAAGGACCAAGUAAAGUGAUGAACUCACUGUCCAGUAAAUCGAAACCGUUAACUCAACUAUCCAUCGGCGAGGAACAGGAUAUCGACGAGGAAAAGUGGGCUGAAGAGGGUCACGAAUAUCAAGAACAAGUGAUUGUUAAGCCAGUUACACGGUCCCAUCGUGUAUCACAUAGGAAAGGAAUCAGAUGAAUACAACUGGACAAUUAAUUUUAAUUUGAUUAAGACGGAAUCUUGAUUGUGAUUAAAAAGAAAGAAAAAAAAGUUUUAUUUCUUUUUUCUAAUAAAAAUUAAUUCUUGAUUAUUAAUUGUAACAAUUUUAAGAGUUGUAAAAGUGUAACUGU